AUGGAGGACGAGUCGGCAGUCGAGGCACUGCCAAGGGGCCAAGAUGCUCUGUACAAUGUGAAGAUAAUGUGCUUCUUGGAUGCCCAGCUGGAGAAGCUGGAGGGCUUCAAGGCACCUGCCACACCACAGAAAGCCAGCUUUGAGAGGGAGGUGGGAAAGGGCAAGCGCCUGCUAAGAAAGCAUGCCCAACACUUUGACGUCAGGGACUAUUACAAGACCAGCGACGCCCGCGAUGCUGUGCAGAAGAUCUGUGGGAUCCUGAAGGACACACUGAAGGCCUGGAGAUUGCAGGAAAAGGCGAGCUUGGAAGAUAGCGUACCAAACAAGGAUGUGGAAGAAGACCAGGAACUCCUGCACAAGCUCCUGAACUUCGUGCUAAAGGACGUGCCAUGCUGUAUUGAACAGAAGCUGAUGGAGCGCUGGGAGAAGGUUAAGGCUUGCCAUACAGAGAGCAUGAAGGUUAAGGUCAUCGAUGAAGGUGAGCUCCAGAUUGGAGAGCAGCUAGGUGAAGGCGGCCAGGGUGCGGUAUUCGCAGCAAAGUGGGGCUCGGUGGAUGUCGCUGUGAAGAAGCCCAUCUGGAGGGGCCCAAUGGCAGGGCAGGGCGCACUGCCCAUUGAGGAGUUUGCCGAUUUUUCCAAGGAGAUCAUCUUUCAUGCUGGCAUCAACGACCAUCCACAAAUUGUCAAGCUCCUGGCCGCCACCUCCUCAGGGGGGAUGGUACUGGAAAGGGCAGACUGUGACCUGCACACACUGUGCUUUGCUGACAAGGGGCUGCCCUGGAGGUCCAAGGUGAGGCUGCUCCGUCAGGGGAGCACGGCCCUGGAUUACUUGCACUUCAAGGGUCGGGUGCACCAGGACGUCAAGCUGCAGAACUUCCUUGUGUUCGGCACUGACCCUGAGACUUGCAAGCUCAAGAUCAGUGACUUCGGAUUCACCGUCAUGGAGACAGCAUCCCGGAGCAAGACGGUGAGGAUGGGCGAUGGCACGCUGCAGUACAUUGCCCCUGAGUUCUACCACGGUGAGCCCACCACCUCCAAGUCGGACGUGCACAGCUUCGGGGUGCUGUGCUAUGAGGUCGUCAGUGGGAAAAAGGCCUAUGGUGGGUAUGGAACCACCCAGUAUGUGCUAAUGGUGAAGAAGCUCGCAGAGGAGGAGCCGUGCCAGAUCCAGGACAAGGACUGUCCACCCGCAGCGCUGGAGCUCAUGAGGUUGUGCUGCGCUGCUGACCCAGAAGCAAGACCGACAAUGGAGGAGGUGAACAAGAGGCUGCAGCAGCUGCCCGAUGAUUGGGUGUUUGGGGAGCACAGAACCGGCAAGGAGAAAACUGGCAAAACAAUGUCAGGAAGAGCAGCAACAACCGAAGACAUUGGCACAUUGACUGCACGGAUGGACAAAGUAGCCAACAUUGGGGGCAACCAAGAGGAAAAUGAGGCGCAAUUAAGGCAGGCAGCUCGGAGUGGACAGAUUGAUGUUGUUCAAAGCUUGCUGAAGAGCGGAGUGCACGUCGACGCCAAAGAUGAGAAUGGUGCCACACCAUUGUACAUCGCAGCACGAUUUGGACAUGAUAAAAUUGCAGAAGUCUUGAUCAAUGCCAGGGCAACGGUGGAUUGGAUGACAGUGGAUGGCACCACGCCUCUCUUCAUUGCAGCACAAAAGGGGGAAAUCGAUGUGGUAAACCUUCUCCUACAACGAGGCGCAAAUGUGCACUCCACAAACAAGGACGGCGCUACUGCGCUGUACAUUGCGGUGCAGAAUAAGCACAUGGAGGUGGUGGAGGCCCUGAUUAAAGCGAAUGCGGAUGUCAAUCAUGCCUCCAACACAGAGGUGACGAGAAAAGGCCCAACCGCCGGCGACGCCGCCGGGAGGGCGGCACAACCCCCGGCAACAUCGCCGAAAAUUGGAUUAAAGGAUGGCUGGGCGUCAGCAGCGUCCGCGGGAAUUGUUGCAAAGUG